AUGAACAGAAUCUCGAAGGACAUUCAGACACAGCGCAAUCUGACGGACAAGACGGCGCCUCAGUUGGUAGAGCGUGCGGCUGUUAACCUCAAGGUCGCUGGUUCAAACCCAGCUGGGAGAGCUCCUUUGCACCACGCGCUGUCCAGCCUCAUAUUGAGCAGCAUCUCGUGCACGACGUCGCUUCUACUGUCAUUAGAUGCACCGAUGCUCCGUUAUCGACGCCAUCACCACCGUAUUGGACCGUUCGAAUGCGAUGCACGUUGCGACAUUCUGAUCGAUGGUCGAGUCCCACCCGGUCUUGGUGACAACAUCUUGGUUUCGUUCUUUCUCUGGUGUCAGACCAGCUGCUUUGUCUCUGUUGUUGCCGUUGUCAAGAAGACAGGCUAA